AAUGCAACGUCAUCGGCAUCGAGGAGGAGGUCGAGAAGAAGAAGAAGUUUUCGAAUUUGUUUUUAUUUCUUUGACUUUAAAAUAAAAAAGACUUAAAAAAAUGGCCAGCGUCUCGUACCACAUCGCCAAUCUGCUGGAGAAGAUGACCAGUACGGAUAAGGACUACAGGUUUAUGGCAACAAAUGAUCUAAUGACAGAACUCCAGAAAGAUUCCAUCAAGCUUGACGACGAUUCCGAGCGCAAAGUUGUGAGAAUGCUGCUGAGAUUACUGGAAGACAAAAAUGGAGAAGUACAGAACCUGGCAGUCAAAUGUUUGGGGCCUUUAGUGAACAAAGUGAAGGAGUUUCAUGUUUAUUCAAUUGUGGAGUCCCUUUGUGACCACAUGGUCAGCGACAGGGAACAGCUAAGGGACAUGUCUUCCCUUGCUCUCAAGACCGUGAUCAAUGAGCUGCCAGCUUCUUCCACAGCACUAGUCGCCAACAUUUGUAAGAGAGUAACAGAUAGACUGUCAGAAGCAAUAGUAAGGCAAGAGGAUGUUAGUGUUCAACUGGAGGCGCUAGAUAUCUUGGGUGACCUGUUGGCGCGAUUUGGCUCUCUCCUCGUCUCUUUCCACCCUAAUAUUCUGGACGCACUUCUGCCACAGUUAGCGUCUCCGCGUCUAGCUGUCCGAAAGCGCACCAUCGUUGCCCUUAGUCACUUAGUUGUUUCAUGUUCUCCGCAAAUUUAUGCCAGACUUAUGGAUUUCUUAAUUGAAGAACUAGCUAAGAAUUCUUCCAUGUCUACAACAAGAACUUACAUUCAGUGUAUAGCUGCAAUCAGUCGUCAGGCUGGCCACAGAUUUGGUGAAUACCUGGAGCGCGUCAUGCCCCUUAUUGUUCAGUAUGUGGCCGUUGAUGAUGAUGAACUUAGGGAAUACUGCAUCUCUGCAUGUGAAGCCUUCACCUUGCGCUGCCCUAAGGAAAUUACACAUCAUUUAGCCACGAUUGUUGAAAUGUGCCUGAAGUAUAUCACUCAUGAUCCUAAUUAUAAUUAUGAUGAUUAUGAAGACGAUGAAGGACAGAUGGAUAUGGAUGAAGAUGACGAUGGGGAAGAAGAUGACGAAUAUUCAGAUGAUGAUGACAUGUCUUGGAAGGUACGACGUGCAUCUGCCAAAUGUCUUGAAGCUGUGAUUUCAACCAGGCAUGAAAUGCUGAUAGAGUUCUACAAAACUGUUUCACCACAGUUAAUUCAGAGAUUCAAAGAGCGAGAAGAGAACGUCAAGGUUGACAUUUUCCACGCAUACAUGGCUCUCCUGCGUCAAACGCGGCCAUCUCUCAGUCUCAGCCUUGAUCCUGAUGCCAUGGAACAAGAGGAAGGAACCAUUUCUAUGCUAAAGCAGCAGGUCCCAGCUUUGGUGAAAGCUGUGCAUCGACAGAUGAAGGAGAAGAGUAUCAAAACCCGACAGGGCUGCUUCGCACUGCUAACAGAACUAGUUCAAGUAUACCCUGGGGCCCUCACCCACCACAUUCCUGCACUUAUUCCUGGAAUUCAGUUCUCUCUCGGAGACAAAAAUAGCAGCAGUAACAUGAAGAUUGACACCUUGGCAUUCGUACACUGCCUGCUGGUGCACCACAGUGGAGAAGUGUUCCAUCCCCACAUUGGUGAACUCCUUCCCCCAGUUGUGACUUGUGUAGCGGAUCCCUUCUAUAAGAUCACUGCAGAGGCACUGCUUGUCUUACAACAGAUUGUGAAGGUCAUCAGGCCUCUUGAUUUAGCUUCCUGCUUUGACUUCACUCCAUAUACUGGAGACCUCUACCACUGCACACUUGCCAGACUCCGUGCUGCUGAUCUUGACCAAGAGGUUAAGGAAAGGGCCAUUGCUUGUAUGGGCCAGAUCAUCUCACAUCUUGGUGAUCAUUUGCAGGGAGAGUUGGGAACCUGCUUACCAAUCUUCUUAGACCGCCUCUGCAAUGAAAUCACACGCCUCACCACCGUCAAGGCCCUCACAAAAGUGGCUGCAUCGCCCUUGAGAAUUGACCUCCGACCCAUCCUUGGGGACGCCUUACCAGUAUUAGCUUCUUUCUUGAGGAAGAAUCAGAGAGCGCUGAAAUUAGCCACACUAACUCUCCUGGAUACUUUGGUCACGAACUAUUCCUCAGCUCUCAGUCCCCAGAUGCUGGACAAGGUUCUGAUUGAACUCCCACCACUGAUCAAUGAGUCGGACCUUCACAUCGCCCAGUUGUGCCUCACCCUCCUCACCUCCACAGCCAAGCUGCACAAGUCCUCAUUGGCUAAUUUCCUCGAGGUCAUCAUGCCAGAUGUCAUGGCUCUGGUCAGAUCACCACUCUUGCAAGGUGGAGCACUUAAAGCUAUGCAGGACCUCUUUGAGGCAGUUGUCCGUGCCGGACUCCCAGGAGUCGAUUAUCAAGACAUUCUCAAUCAUCUCCUCACUCCACUGGUCUCACCUCAGGCAGCAAAUAUUCAUAAGCAGGCAUAUCACUCAAUGGCUAAGUGUGUGGCAGCUCUGACAAUGACCCAUCCUGGGGAAGCUGUAGAUGUUGUCAACAGAUUCUUGAUGGAUGUGACCAAUCCACGAUCGCCAACAGUCCAGUCCUUCUCUCUCCUUGCUAUUGGAGAAAUCGGAAAGCACAUUGACCUCAGCAGUAUUCCUCAACUCAAGGAUGCUGUGGUGGCAUCCUUUAGCUCACCAUCCGAGGAAGUCAAGUCAGCUGCCUCCUAUGCUUUGGGUCACCUCAGCUGUGGAAAUCUACAAGAGUAUCUUCCAUUCGUUCUCUCUGAGAUUGAGGCCAACCCGAAGAGACAGUAUCUCCUCCUACAUUCCCUCAAGGAAAUCAUCAGCCUACAGAGUAAGAGUGCAGAGGGUGUCAAGGUGUUGCAAGGCUUUGUCAAUGACAUAUGGGCACAGCUCUUCAGACACACAGAGUGUGUUGAAGAGGGAACGCGUAAUGUUGUCGCCGAAUGUUUGGGAAAACUUACCCUCAUCAACCCAUCUGCUCUACUGCCCAAGCUGCAAGAAUCCCUGAAGACUGACUCCCCUAUGAUGAGAACAACCAUUGUUACAGCCAUCAAGUUCACCAUUUCAGAUCAGCCCACAGCCAUUGACAGCCUGCUUCGCCAUAGCAUUGGUGACUUCCUGUCAACACUACAGGACCCAGACCUAAAUGUCCGUCGUGUAGCCUUAGUUGCAUUCAAUUCUGCGGCACACAACAAACCUUCUCUUGUUCGGGAUCUUCUUGACACCAUUCUCCCACAGCUCUACAAUGAGACGAAAGUUAGGAAAGAACUUAUACGGGAAGUCGAAAUGGGUCCUUUCAAACACACAGUUGAUGAUGGUUUAGACAUCAGGAAGGCUGCAUUUGAAUGUAUGUACACACUCCUGGAGACAUGCUUGGACCGCAUCGACAUUUACGUAUUCUUGGAACACGUGGAAGGAGGUCUGCGUGACCAUUACGAUAUAAAGAUGCUGACCUAUCUCAUGCUUACAAGGCUAGCCCAUCUUUGUCCCCAGGCUGUCUUACAGAGACUUGAACGAUUAGUCGAACCGCUGCGCACAACAGUAACCACAAGGGUCAAAGCCAAUUCAGUGAAGCAAGAGUACGAGAAGCAGGACGAGCUGAAGCGAUCGGCUAUGAGAGCUGUGGCCGCCCUUCUCACAAUCCCAGAUGCCGACAAGAACCCACAGUUAUCAGAUUUCGUUGCUCACAUCAAGUCCACACCCGAAUUGCAGUCAUUAUUUGAGUCAAUUCAGCGAGACGCAUGCCCUACACACGAUGCCAUGAUGGAUUUAAGCUGAAUAAAACUAAUGUGUGCAUAAGGGGCUGUUCAUGAUGGAUCAAAAUCAGCAUAGGUUUUUAACUAUACAUACAAAGCCACUUGAAUGCAAUAUGAAGAGCUAUAUUCCAUUCAACUCUUGAAACCUCUGUACAAGUUGAAUGAGACAACUUGUAUGCAUGCAGUAUGGUGUGUCAUUCAUAAUGAAUCCUGACUGAAAUGAAACAAAACAAAAAGCAAAAAAAAAAAUAAUAAUAAUAAAAAAAAAGAGAGAGAGAGAUAAAAGAUAAAAUUGUAUGUAUAACUAGUUGUGGAUCCACACUGAAUGGGAUGUGUAAAGUUUUGUUUAUCAAGCAAGAAGGAAUCUAAUGCAGCCUUGCUGGUGAUUCUUUUAUAGUGAUAAUAUAAUCUGAGGUGAUUUAGGUUCAUCUGUCAGAUUUGUUUUUUCUUCAUCCUCUCAGUAAUUCUUUUUUAUUUUGUGUUGAAACCAGCCUUGUUGGCAAUUUACUCAGUAUUUAAUACCAUCUGCUUGUAUCU